AUGACGUCCAAGAUUCGUAGCGCGUGGAGGACGAAGGCUACUACCUAUUGCAGACAAGCAACAGAAGAGUUUAAGAAGCUUGCGCCAAACAAGAAAUGGCUGAAGAUACUAAAGCUAAAGUUGGAGGAGGUUCGCAUCAAAUUACAAGCCAUUGAAGAGACCAGUAUGAAUGAAACGACCACCAGUGGGGAUGGUGAGGAUGAAAAGUAUGAAGAGUACGAUGAAAAAAUCCUCUGUUGCAUUGCCGACAUUGAAGAGUGUCAACCAGACCCGCAACAAGCGCAGCAACAACAAAUGGGUGGUGCUGGCGGCGGUGGAGCGGCGAUGGGCGGUGCGGGUGCGACCAGCAGCAGCUCAUACUACUUUCCCAGGAUGAAGUUGAGGGAGUUUUCUGGCGAGUUGACUGAAUGGCUGGGGUUUUGGGAUUCAUUCAAGAUUGUACAUGAUGACAAGGGAUUGGACGAUGUGAGAAAGUUCCAGUUCCUACUGGGGUGCAUGGUACCAGGGUCCAAGGCAAAGGAAGUUGUGGAAUCCUACCCUAUGAAUGCUGCAAAUUAUGCAAAGGCGGAGGAGGCCCUGAGAUCAAACUUUGGCAAGGAGAAACUGCUGCAGUUGGUAUAUGUAAGAGAGCUCUUAUCUAUGAGUAAUGGGAGGAAUGGGCAUGAAUCGUUAUCAAGUUUGUUUAACAAAUUGAAAUCGAGAUAUGAGGCCUUACAGACUUUAGGAGUUACCACACAGCAGGCGUCAAUAUUUCUGUAUGCCAUUGUGGAAUCAUGCUUAUCAGAAGAUGUGCUAACAGCCUGGCAAAGAUCGUCCGAUUUUGGUAGGGAUGGGAGCAAGGAGCGACCACCCAAGACCGAUAUGGAUUAUUUGAUGGAUUUCCUGCAGAGAGAAGUGGAAAAUGAAGUGCAGCGAAAUAUGGCCAGGUCAGGAUAUGGUGAAACGAGUGCAACACCAAAGUCGUCGAGUGAAAAAGGGCACCAUCGUGAAAGGAGAGACACUCCAAGUACGGCAGCGAAUCUCUUCGGUGGUGCAGUCCAUGACGGAAAGCAGCAGUGUUUGUUCUGCAAAAAGGGUCAUCCUUCGGCAAAGUGUUGGAACGCGCAGAGAAUAAGCCUAGAAGAAAGGCAACAUUUGGUUCGUAAUUGCGGUGUUUGUUUUUCUUGUCUUCAGGGUGGACAUUUGGCAAAGUCGUGCAAAGCUGGGGUCCAGUGUUCUCUGUGCACAAAGAGGGGUCAUCUCGCGCUGAUGUGUAGGCUCGGGAGUGACAAGAAGACUGAUGAGGGGCCUGAUGCUAAUGUGGCAGCCCAUAUGGUCAGUCAAUCUGUGACGAAGGAUGUGCAACUUUACACCCUCAACGUGAAACUGAGGGGAAAGCGAGGCAUUGUGGAUGCAAGACUCUUAUUCGAUAGCGGAUGUCAAAGGAGCUAUGUUAAGAAGUCGACAGUGGCCAAAUUGGGAAUCAGUGCUGUGGGGCGAGAAGAAUUUCGCAAGGCGCUGUUCAGUGGUCAACUAACUGAGGUCAAGUCGCAUAAUCGGUAUAAGCUUGAAUUACUGAAUGUUGAUGGACAGAGACCGAUGUCAUUGGAAUUUCUUGAGGAGGACACGAUAUGUGCAAAGAUUGGUCGUGUCCCACCAGGCCCAUGGAUUGCGGAGCUAGCCAAGAAGAAGGUCACAGUAGGGGACGUGGGUCAUGGUUCUGCUGAAAUUGAUUUGCUGAUAGGUGGAGAUCAAUUUGGACAGCUACUCACCAACAAAGUUAUCCAGUUGGAGUGCGGCUUGACGGCGAUAGAGACAAGUCUUGGGUGGACAGUCGGUGGUCGUGUGCCGGUGGUGAGUGAAUCAAGUGCGAUGGUCGUAACUUGUCUUUCUGUGAAUGAGCUACAGGAUAGUCAAUUGUGGGACCUGGAUGCUAUUGGGAUACGUGAUGAUCCCUGUCGUAAAACAAAAGCAGAAUGUGAAGAAGUGGCGAAACAACACUUUCAAGAGAAUGUCACGAAAGAUGAUGAUGGGCGUUUCUGUGUCGCUCUGCCUUGGAAAAAUGGGGAGCAGAAGAUGUCGUCCAAUCGUGUCGUGGCUGAGAAGAGGUUGGAGUCGGCUACUAAAAAUUUAGUGAAGGAAGGGUACUUGGAAAAGUACGACAAGGUGUUCAGAGAUUGGGAAAUGGAUGGCGUUAUAGAGGCAGUGAAAGAAGAAUCCUGCGACAACGCUCAUUAUCUUCCCCACCGUGCCGUUAUUAAGCCUGAGAGUGCCACCACACCAGUUCGACCCGUGUUUGAUGGGUCAUGCAAGUUCGGAAGGAACCCGUCGCUCAACGAUUUACUUGAGGUCGGUCCUAACUUAUUGGAAUCAGUGCCAUCAAUUCUGUUGCGUUUUAGGAGAGGUCGCUUCGGUGUCACCGCGGACAUAAGGAAAGCGUUCCUUAUGGUGGGAGUGCGCGAAAGGGAUCGUGAUUACCUCCGCUUCCUAUGGUGGGAGGACAUUAGCAAACGGGAUGUCUACAAAAUUUAUCGACAUAAGCGGGUGGUUUUUGGGGUCAACUCGAGUCCAUUUUUGCUCGGUGCAGCCAUCAAUCAUCAAUUGGAAGCUAAAGCCGAUGAAUUUCCAUCAACUUGUGAAAUAUUGCGAGAGUCUUUCUAUGUGGAUAAUUUGGUCUGCUCCGUGGAUUCAAAAGAAGAUCAAGACCGUGUCGUGUCUCAAGCUACAUCGAUCAUGGGCGAGGUGAAGAUGGAGCUAACGCAGUGGGGGAUUAGCCUUGGCGGCUUGACCAGAGGGGCGACUCUCCCCUGUGAAAGCUCCCUUAAAGUCCUCGGCAUGAAGUGGGACACGGAAGAGGAUUGUCUGACGUUAGACAUUCCAGAAUUUGACAUGGGCAGAACAGUGACAAAGAGGACAGUUUUAGCAGACCCCGCAAGAAUAUUCGACCCACUCGGUUUGGUAUGUGCAGUAAUGGUGCUGCCUAAAAUCAUUCUACAGAAGUCGUGGAAAGAUAAGACAGGGUGGGAUGAAGCACUAGGAAAAGAAGAAGAAAGUGAGUAUGUCAAUUGGCUGAAGCAGUUGCCAAUGUUAAGUAUGUUGAAGAUCCCUCGCCAUCAUUUUGCUGGAUGUGACCGGCCGGAGGGAGGAGAAAUUCAUGCGUUCAGUGAUGCAAGCUACCGUGCCUACGCUGCAGUCAUUUUUAUAAGGUUUAAAAUUGGAAAAGAUAUUGUGGUAAAGUUGUUGCAGGCGAAGAGCAGAGUUGCGCCGAUGCAACAGAUGACCAUACCUCGUCUCGAACUGUUGGGAUGCUUCAUCACCGCUAAUUUGACCAGAGAGUUGAAGAAAUCGUUGCGAUAUGAGAACAUGCCCACAUUCUACUGGAGUGAUUCCACCACCGCGUUGGCGUGA